ACGUCACUUUUCCCAUCAUGCUUUGAUGGGCCCUUGUGCGCACGCUUUGAGCCGCUGGUCCUUUUCAUCGCGUAGUGUGGCGAGGUACGCAGGCGGAGAUAUAAAAAGUGAAGAGAUUCGCUUUAUUUCCUGUAUGUACUGAUUUGUUUAGAAGGUGACCAUGCAGCUGUUUUUGCGGGCGCAGAACACCCACACCUUGGAGGUGACGGGCACUGAGACUGUCAGAGACAUUAAGCUCCAGGUGCAGCUCCUAGAAGGUGUGCCUGUGGACGAGCAGGUGCUGCUGUUGGCUGGUUCUCCCUUGGAUGAUGCAGCCAGCCUGGGCCAGUGUGGUGUGUCAGAGCAUUGUACCCUGGAGGUGCUGGCCAGGAUGCUUGGAGGAAAGGUUCACGGCUCCCUGGCUCGUGCCGGAAAGGUCCGUGGACAGACUCCCAAGGUUGACAAACAGGAAAAGAAGAAAAAGAAAACGGGCCGCGCUAAGCGCCGCAUCCAGUACAACCGCCGCUUUGUCAACGUGGUUCCCACAUUUGGAAAGAAGAAGGGUCCAAAUGCCAACUCGUAAGGAGCCUGGGGGCACAUGAGCGGACCUGGAUACGCUGUCUGGAAGGAGGGAUCCGCUCCCUCAUGGAGAGGAAAAGCCAUUCUGUUCUUCCCGCUUACUGUAAUGACGCAGGCGUGCUGAAUGGGAGACUUACAUGGAAACAUUUCUGCUCAUGUGCUUCUGAUAAACAUUCAAAUAAAGUAGAAAUAUCAAAUGCCAAA